GUCGUAACACUUGGGUACUUUACAGUUCUCUCUCUGUUGUUGCGUUUAAAUAGUAGCCUAAAAACACAUCCCUGCUCCUGUCAGAAACCUUCGUUUGUAUGGAUUCGCUGUAAAAUAUUUCUUAAAAGUUAACAGAGUCGCUUAUUUUUGUUCGCCAAAAUGCCUGAGCUCAUAUCUGUGGAGGAGUUUAUCGCGGAGACUCUGGAGGACUACAGUUCUCCCACCACAUCAUCUUUCACUACAAAAAUGACAAGCUGUCGGAAUACAGUCAACAACAUCGAGGAGGCCUUGGAUUGUGACCGGAUGGUGUUGCAGAAAAUGAAGAAAGCUGCCAAAGCUAAGCAUGCCUCAGGUCAAGACCACAUAACACAUCUGGAGCUGUACAUCAACUCCAUGGAAAAGCUGGCUGUAAAUUUCCGGAAUAACGGAGAGCAGGAGGUGGCCUCUGCAUUUAAUAAGUUUGCUGAGUUUUCCAAAGAGCUGUUGACGCCAGUGAAGAACUUGUUAAAGAGCAUGCUGCACAACAUCAACUUCUUCCUGGACUCGCUGGUAAAAGGGGAUUUGAAAGAGGUUAAAGGUGACCUGAAGAAGCCGUUUGAUAAAGCAUGGAGGGAUUAUGAGAAUAAAUUCACUAAGAUAGAGAAAGAGAAGCGUGAGUUGGCGAAGCAGUAUGGCAUGGUGAGAACGGAGGUGAGUGGAGGAGAGAUCGCAGAAGAGCUGGAGAAAGAACGCAGGAUGUUCCAGCUGCAGAUGUGUGAGUACCUCAUCAAAGUGAAUGAAAUAAAAACCAAGAAAGGUGUGGACCUGCUGCAGAAUCUCAUCAAGCACUACCACUCUCAGUGCAAUUUCUUUCAGGAAUGUCUGGCUGCCACUGAGAAGCUGAAGCAGUACAUUGAUGCUCUAACUGGAGGACUCAGCGCUAUUAAGCACAGGCAGGAUGAAGAGAAGAGGCAGCUCUGUUCUCUGCGGGACCAGCUGAAACCUGCCCUACAACCUGAGCUUAAAGAGUCUAGGAGAGAUUCUUUAAGCAGGCAGACCGUGUACAGCAUGCACCAGCUUCAAGGCAACAAGCAAUACGGCACAGAGAAAUCAGGCUACCUCUACAAGAAGAGUGACGGGCUGAGAAAGAUGUGGCAGAAGAGGAAGUGCAGUGUGCACAACUGCUAUCUCACAAUCGCGCAUGGAACUCCAAAUAAACCUCCAGCCAAACUGAACCUCCUCACCUGCCAAGUCAAACCCAGUCUUGAGGACAAAAAAUGCUUUGACCUAAUUUCACAUAACCGCACAUAUCACUUUCUGGCUGAAGAUGAGCCUGACUGCAUGGCGUGGAUCUCUGUGCUGACUAACAGUAAGCAGGAGGCUCUGAAUGUGGCUCUAGAUGAGCGCAAGACAGGUGGUGAGAGCAGUGUGGAGGAUUUAACCCGCUCCAUCACUGAGGAUAUCCUCCGAAUGCCGGGGAAUAACGUGUGCUGUGACUGCAGAGCUCCAGAUCCUACAUGGAUCUCCACCAAUCUGGGCAUUCUGACAUGUAUUGAGUGUUCAGGGAUCCAUCGGGAGAUGGGCGUUCAUCACUCACGCAUUCAGUCCCUUUCUCUGGACAAACUGGGCACUUCUGAAUUGCUGUUGGCGAGGAAUGUGGGGAACUCAGGGUUUAAUGAAAUUGUUGAGGCCAGCCUCCCCAGUCCGUCUCUGAAGCCAUCUGCAGAAAGUGACAUGGCGGAACGUAAAGACUUUAUCUUAGCGAAGUAUCUGGAGUUACAGUUUGCUCAGCGUAGUGGCAGUUCUCCGGACACACUGCGACGCCGGCUGCAAGAGGCCGUGCACAGCCGGGACAUUUUCAGCCUGCUACAGCUUUACGCUGAAAAACUGGACCUGAGCCUGCCAUUGCCUGGCCUACUUCAGGAAAAGCGGGAGACAGCACUACACCUUGCUGUUUUAUUGGCUGACCGGACCUCCCUGCACAUGGUGGACUUCCUGGUACACAACUGUAAUAAUCUGGAUGCGCAGACAGUGCGGGGUAACACUGCACUGCAUUACUGCUGCCUGCACAAUAAAACUGAGUGCCUUAAGCUCCUGCUGAGGGCCAAGGCCAACACACAUAUCAAAAACGAAAAUGGAGAGACUGCUCUGGACAUCGCUCGAAGACUGAAGAACACGCACUGUGAGGAGCUGAUCCAGCAGUCUCAGAACAAUCAGUUCAACAUGCACAUCCAUGUGGAGUACGAGUGGAGACUGCGGCAGGACGAUUUGUAUGAGAGUGACGAUGAUCUGGAUGACAAGUCAGGUCCAGUGAAGAAGGACCGGUCAAGUAGGCCUUUCAGCCUUUACCACAGCGGAUCUCAGGAACGUGGUUCGGGGGGUAUAUUCAGCGUGGGCCGCCGGCUUGCUCUGGGGCGAGGCGAACACAAACGAGAAGCAUACUGCAGCCCCAGUCCUCAAACACGCAGCCUGGACAGUCCCCCACCUCCUCCACCAUCAUCUCCUGCACCACCACUGCCACCUAGAGCCCGUGCUCCGAAUGUUCCUCCCCCUCCUCCCCCAGUCAGUCCUCCAGAUGGGUGGACAGAGGUCAGCUUCAGUAAGAAGAGAACUCCUCCUCCUCCACUGGUGAUCCGACACAAGCGGACGUAUUCUGAGCCAUCUCCUCAGGUUCCUCUUAGUCCACACGGAGGCUUACGCCCAGGACAUGCUGAUUACGGUGUCCCAGCAAGUCCUCGAGGCUUCAGCAGUCAUGAUUCAUCUGUUCACAAGUGUGUCUCAGGGUCUCCCAAGUACACCAUGACAGCACUCAAUUCUUUGUCUGAGCUGCCCGAGCGAGGUGAGCACGCCAGGCCUUCAUUUAUUUCUGGUUUUCGAGCAGAUGGGGAGGGCAGCAGUUGUCACUUCCUGUAUCAGACUCCACAGGCAAGCAGUUCAGGCCGUCAUGCCCAGGCCCUGUCCCCCACUUCCCCUAGAUCUUUUAGCCUGGACUCCAAUGGCAGCUCUGUAUCUUCCUGCCCCAGCGCCCCACACCCACUGCCCAGACGCACUGUGAUAAAGCCAAAGCUUAAGAGAGUGAAGGCCAUGUAUGACUGUGUGGCUGAUCACCAUGAUGAGCUCACAUUCAAUGAGGGAGAGGUACUGGUGGUUCUGACAGAAGAAGACGCUGACUGGUGGCACGGCUACAUCGAGGGACAGCCAGAGAAGAAAGGCCUGUUUCCAGCCUCUUUCGUCUCAUUACUGUCCCAGUGACGCCGGACAAAGGAGUUUGAGACCAAGUGGAAGACGGUGGUAGCAGUCGGAGAAAGAAGCAUGAGAUGUCUUCUGCUCUUCUGGUCAUGUUAUGAAUAAUCAGUGCUACAAAGCAAGGCAGUGGACACAGAGAGCUCUACAGCACAGAGCAAGUCUUCACAACCUCUGUAACAGUCAGUGGUUGUUCAGGCCCUUCAGACACAAGAGAGCUGAAUAUGUCAUCAUGUACACUCUUAAAAAAUAAAGUUUCCAAAUAGGCUCCUUUGGAGCAGCGCUAUG